AUGGCGAUCAUGAGUUCGCUACUGCUCGGUCUGUUCUUCUUCGUCUCGAUUGGCGCUGUCCUCGUCCGAAGUCUUGUUCGUCGUUGGCAACAGGAAGGCCAAGCUCAAACAGAAUCAGAUCAGGCGCCGGGAGCGUUUCAAUCAAAUCACAACCGUGGGGGUGACUCUCGUUCAGCUUGUGAAAAUCAAGAGGCAGGUUUUGUCGAGAAGUCACCGCCCGACGAUUUUCGACGGCCAUUGGAUUUCAAUCAACCUGACGAGGGCGCCGAUGUGAGGACUUUGACGAGGACGACUUGGGGAGUGAAGACCGGUUGGUGGGUCACCAUAAUUUACUUGUCAUCGUUCCGGCGAGCAAUCACAAUUUGUCGUGGGGCAUUGGCAUUGCACGUGGUCCAGGUUAAUGUUUAUGGUGGUUGUGGUGGUGUUCGCAGUGCACAAGGAUCAGUUUUGGGAGAAACUGUGGCAGCAUAG